GGGCUCGGGCGGCGGCCAGCGCGGCCGGGGCGGCUCAGUGCGAGCCGGGGAGGGUCGAACCCGGAGCAGAGUCCCAGCCGAGCGUGGACUGGCGGCAGGAUGUUCAGCUGGAUGGGGCGGCAGGCGGGCGGGCGCGAACGCGUUGGCGGCGCGGACGCGGUGCAGACGGUGACGGGCGGGCUGCGCUCGCUCUACCUGCGCAAGGUGCUGCCGCUGGAGGAGGCGUACCGUUUCCACGAGUUCCACUCGCCUGCGCUGGAGGACGCCGACUUCGAGAACAAGCCCAUGAUCCUUCUGGUGGGCCAGUACAGCACCGGCAAGACCACCUUCAUCAGAUACCUACUGGAGCAGGAUUUCCCAGGCAUGAGGAUUGGUCCAGAGCCCACCACUGACUCCUUCAUCGCCGUGAUGUAUGGAGAGACUGAGGGCAGCACCCCAGGGAAUGCUUUAGUCGUGGACCCCAAAAAGCCAUUUAGAAAGCUCAGUCGCUUUGGAAACGCUUUCCUGAAUCGAUUCAUGUGCUCACAGCUCCCCAAUCAGGUCCUGAAGAGCAUCAGCAUCAUCGACAGCCCCGGCAUCCUUUCUGGGGAGAAGCAGCGCAUCAGUCGAGGCUAUGACUUCUGCCAGGUCCUGCAGUGGUUUGCCGAGAGGGUGGACAGGAUCAUCCUGCUCUUUGACGCUCACAAGCUGGACAUCUCAGAUGAAUUCUCAGAGGCCAUCAAGGCCUUCCGGGGCCAGGACGACAAGAUCCGUGUCGUGCUGAACAAGGCCGACCAAGUGGACACGCAGCAGCUGAUGCGGGUCUACGGGGCCCUCAUGUGGUCCCUGGGCAAGGUCAUCAACACGCCCGAGGUGCUGCGCGUCUACAUUGGCUCCUUCUGGGCGCAGCCCCUGCAGAACACGGAUAACCGCCGGCUCUUCGAGGCUGAGGCCCAGGACCUCUUCAGAGACAUCCAGAGCCUCCCCCAGAAGGCAGCGGUGCGCAAACUCAACGACCUCAUCAAGCGAGCGAGGCUGGCCAAGGUGCAUGCCUACAUCAUCAGCUACCUGAAGAAGGAGAUGCCAAGUGUAUUUGGAAAGGAAAACAAGAAGAGAGAGCUUAUCAGCAGGCUACCAGAAAUCUACAUUCAGCUACAGCGAGAAUACCAGAUUUCUGCAGGGGACUUCCCCGAGGUCAAGGCUAUGCAGGAACAGCUUGAGAACUAUGACUUCACCAAAUUCCACUCGCUGAAGCCCAAGCUGAUCGAGGCAGUGGACAACAUGCUGAGCAACAAGAUCUCGCCCCUCAUGAACCUCAUCAGCCAGGAGGAGACGAGCACGCCCACGCAGCUGGUGCAGGGCGGCGCCUUCGAUGGCACCACCGAGGGCCCCUUCAACCAGGGCUACGGGGAGGGUGCCAAGGAGGGCGCCGACGAGGAGGAGUGGGUCGUGGCCAAAGACAAGCCCGUCUACGACGAGCUCUUCUACACUCUGUCACCCAUCAAUGGCAAGAUAUCAGGUGUCAACGCCAAGAAGGAGAUGGUGACCUCCAAGCUGCCCAACAGCGUCCUGGGCAAGAUCUGGAAGCUGGCCGACUGCGACUGCGACGGCAUGCUGGACGAGGAGGAGUUCGCACUGGCCAAGCACCUCAUCAAGAUCAAGCUCGACGGCUACGAGCUGCCCAGCAGCCUGCCCCCGCACCUCGUGCCCCCCUCGCACAGGAAGUCCCUGCCCAAGGCCGACUGAGGGGUGGGCCGCAGAACGGGGCAGGAACUGGGGGACCUGGGCCUCAGGCCUGCUCCACCACUGACUCACCGAAUGACCUUGGGCAAGGCACUGCCCUCUCUGUGCCUUGGUUUCCCCAUCUGUAGAAUGGGGAGGGUGGACACUGGAAACUAGAUGACUUCUUUUUUUU